CGUAAACUAUAUUUUGGUAGUGGCUCCCAGAUAAACGCGUCACCUGUCAACUCGCUGGCUAGGUUGGAAACCGGAAACGGUCGUCAUUCGAGUGAAAUAACCGGCUAUAAAAUAGUAGUAUAUUCCUUACUGGAACAUCAUAAUCUCAUAUUAUGGCCAAGAUUUCAAGAAUCUAUGUACAUAUUUGUAUAUAUCAGCAAGGAAUAUCACCAACGUAUGUGGAGAGGAAGACAUAAAAUUGACUUUAAGUCAUCUAAUGAUGCGGAUAAUGCUCUCCAUCUUAUAGGGUUGUCAUUAAGAUUUGCAAGUUUGUGUGGCAUUAGAUAGCUGUCAACUCAUCCCAUAAGGACAUAUGGACAUAUCCAAUUUAAAGACAACCCUAUAGAGUUGUUUGGGUUCCUAUGAGUUAGCUGUCAGAUCUGAUGACUUGCUAUACGGCACAUGAAAGGCAUACCUCAGUUACCAAAUCUCCAGCAGCCGAAACGUUUCGAGAAGUUUUCUUUGGUUUGUUGUCUUUCUGAAAAACCGUAACUUUUCGAUCUGUUUAAAAAAGUUGGCCGACUUAGUUGGCAAAACGAUAAAGAAAAUCAUAAUAUUUGGUUUUGUCCUGAAGUGUUAAACCUAAUCCCGUAAUGGACCCAGAAAAUUUGGGGAACCUUCAGGAAGUUGAGCAGCAGGCGGGGGAAUAUACACUGGCCGAGAUCGAGGUUGAUAUGGAGUCGCAGCUGACGCCCAAUGACCUCGAUCCAGGUGCUACGGUGUUGCUCUCCAUUGAGGGGGAGGGAGAUGGUGAGCGCAUUAUGAGCCACGAGGAGCUAUCCAGAUGGUUUUUGGUAGAGCCGUCAAGUCCGGCACCAAUGCCAACAGAUGUGGUGGUGCAACGCACCCUGGAAGACCCCGCUCUCAAGCAGAUCCUCCAGGAGGCCGACGGCAAGCCGGACUUUGAUCCCGAGGCAGAGCAAAUGAAGAUUCGCAGCUUUCUGGCAGGCUUUACACACAACAGGCUGACCACGGAGCAGUCGGUAUUUCAAGGAUGCCGCGCGAAUGCCAAUGCCUUUAGCAGCCGGAUUAAGUGCCCGGAUUGCCUUGGCAGUUUCGAUCCGUCUUCGUACCACAAUCACCCCUGUGCCGUUGAGGUCGAAGGCAAGUCGAAUACCAAUCAGAAGUCUGUCGACGAAGCUGGGAAACGGGCAGCAACAGCAGGAGUAGCCAGUGCUGUACCUGAGCCUCCUGCUCCUCCUUCCCCAUGCAAACCGAACAGCUUGCGUUUGAUCGCGGAGAACCAGAUUCGCUUGCGUCGCUUCAUGAAUGAUGAGUUGAAGUACGACGUAAACAGUGGCGUGGAGCAGCCGCGCAGCCGUAAGUCCGGCAAGGGGCUCAACGAGUGCAGCAAAUGUGAUCGCAAGUUCGUUCACGCCUCCGGAUUGGUGCGCCACAUGGAGAAACACGCUCUGGAUCUAAUACCCUCGCAGAGUAACCCACAACCGGCCGCAUCGCUGGCGCCUGGAUUCACUGCCGCUGUGAAGUGCAACGUCUGUGGGCGCAUCUUUUACGAUCCACAGGUGGCGUUGAAGCAUGGCCACAUUCACUUCAAUGUUCAGAAAGGUAGUCAAUCGGAAACUGCGGACAAGUAUGCCACCAAUAUAGAUUUCAAACAGUUUCUGAAGGAUAGCGAGUCGCUGCUGGGUGAAAAUGGCUUGGAAACGGAGAAGCCAAAUAGUCUGGAGAACGAUUUGUUCAGCACUGUCGUUCUGGGCAGCGUCCUGCAAUGCGAAUUCUGCGAUUACCUGUUCUCUGACAUUACGGAGCUGCUCGCCCAUUCGGCCACUCACCCGGUAAAGCGGCGUUUUGAGUGCACCGCCUGUGACAUUAAGAUGGAUACUGCCAAGGAGGCCAGACUCCAUUUCGAGGCGGACUGCAUCUUUAUGCGCGAGGCGGUGAAGUCGCUGAGUGUUUCGGUCAGCCGCUUCUUUGUGUGCAAUGUAUGCGAGCUGAAAUUUGCCAACUCGGAGCUGCUGCAGGACCAUCGCUGCACCUACCAUCACUAUUUUCCGCGGCUGAGUCUGCAUGGGACGCGCCUGCUGCUUCCCUGCGAUUUUUGCGAGGUAAUGUUCGAAUGCGCCAGUGAGGUCCAGCCGCACAACGAAGAGAAACACUCCAGCAAGAAGAAGCGAGAAAAGGAUUCGCGUGGCAGCGCGGCCAGCGGCCGCCAGCGUCAGUAUCUGUGCGACAUCUGCGGCAAAUCCUACACCCAGUCGAGUCACCUGUGGCAGCACCUUCGUUUCCAUCAGGGCGUGAAGCCGUUCGUCUGCCCGGAGGAGAAAUGCGACCGCAAGUUUACCAUCCGACCGGACCUCAACGACCACAUCCGUAAGUGCCACACGGGGGAGCGGCCGUUUCACUGUCUGGUGUGCGGCAAACGUUUCCUCACUGGCUCCGUGUUUUAUCAGCAUCGCCUGAUUCAUCGUGGCGAGAGGCGCUACGAGUGCGAGGAGUGCGGUAAGCGAUUUUAUCGCGCCGAUGCUCUUAAGAACCAUCAGCGCAUUCACACUGGGGAGAAGCCGUUUAGCUGUCUCUUCUGCACCAAGACAUUCCGCCAGCGUGGCGAUCGCGACAAGCACAUGAGGGCCCGUCACUCGCACCUUGAUGCCAACUCGCGCCUUAUGAUGCAGAUGCAGAAAUUCCAGCUGGAGUCGGCCGCAGCCGCCAAGGCCAAGGGCAAGAAGGCUACGACCGGAGUGGCUCUGUCUGCUUGUGAUAGUCCCCCCACUGCGGAGGGUUUGGAACCUGGAGAAGUCGAUUUAGAAGAUCACAUUCACAAUGCAGAACAGGACGAGGACGUGCCAAACUAUUUUAUAGUGAAACAAUACGUGCAGCCUAGGGAAAAUGACCAGGAUGGUUUCAAUAUGCGGGAGGGGACCUGCGCCAUGGAGGACGGUUGCACCAUGGACGAGGACGACCAGCAGAUAAUUCUCUACGAGGCACAGCCGGCUCAGGGUAUUAUGGAAAUGGGAGACGAUCAGCGAUCGAGUCAGAAUUUGAUAACUUUUGACUAUAAGGAGCCGAAUGAGCAACCAAUGCGGGAUGAGGACUACGUUCAACUGCUUCAGAGCGACGAGAACGCCAGAGUUGUGGUUGUUCAAAACAAUCCAGCACAGCCUAUGUUUUCCAAUUCGUACAUGUAAUCGGAUUAGAAAUUUAAAUUCAAGCAAUGCGCCAAAAGAAUUUGAUUUCCAGUGUUCAGAAGUAAGCGCAUACAUCACAAGUUAGGAUAUCGUUAUUUUGUUUUCUAUGUAUAUCGA